AUGAUGGUCGUCCCCGCGGCGGCAUCUCCGAAUCUUUACUUGCUCGACCUCGUGAAAACCGGCCGCAGGUUCAUCGACCGUGGCCUCGUUCUCGCGGACGGCCAGGUGGACAACAUCUAUCUCCCUGUCGACACUUUCAAGCUUCUGCGAAUCGAUGACAGUGUUGAGUACAAGAACGUCGGCGACAUCAAGGUGGUCGACAGGAGCCACCUGUAUCCUGGACAGGUGGUUGGGUCGGCAUCCGACAUGGGCGGCCAGAUCGGCGUCGUCACCGGCGUCAACACCAUGCUCAGCCUAGCCAAGCUCGACAACAACGGCGUGCCGGCCAAGGUCAUCAGGGGGGUGUCCCCGUCUAGCCUGCGGCGCGUCAGGAGCAUCAACCUUGGAGACUUUGUCGUGUCCGGGCCGUGGCUCGGCCGUGUCGUCGAGGUGUCGAUCGACGUCGAUGUGUUGUUCGAUGACGGAGCUGUUUGCAGGAUCACCGACGGGCAGCACGUCACCUUGCCAGGCGCUUGUUCACUCUUCAAGGAUGCUCGCUGGCUUAAUGGCUACUGGCAUCCUUACCGACAAGUAGGCACCAUCAUGAAGGUGGAGACGGCCGGCAUCCUCGUCUACUGGGUUGCAUCCAGACAUUGUGGCACCGACAAGGGGCUAGUGGAGGCAUCCGCUCCUCCAGCCUACCAGAACCCAGAUGAUCUUACGUUCUUCUGCGCCUCAUACAAUUGCUGCUGGGGGCUUGCUGACCGUUGUUUUUUUCUAGAAACUAGUUCCACCAAAGAGGAUCAAGCUUGUGCUCCUGAUCAACACGAUGGUGACGAUGAUGAUUAUGAUGAUGAUGAUAAAGAUGAUGAUGAUGAUGAUAAAGAUGAUGAUGAGGCAGAGGAGGACGGGGAGAAGGAAUACAACGCAUGCUCAGAAGACAAUCAAGAGGUGUGUGAUGGAUCAACCUCUCAGGUGGUACCACCCACCGAGCAGAAGGAUGCGGGGUUUUAUCGGAAGCAGCUAAGGAAGGUCGUCUUUGAGGGCCAUAGACGAGCGCAACGGCCACAAGUCAUGAGACAUGUCGAGGUGGAGUUUCCAAUGGUCGUCGCCGACACCUGCACCACCGUCGAUGUGUUGUGGCAGGAUGGCACACGACAACAUGGCAGACGUUCAGCGACCGUCGUUCCCUUUGGGAUCUGGAAUGAGCAAGAGUUCUUCCCGGGACAGCGUGUUGUCGCCAACGUUCUUCCUAUUAGCGCUGCCGUUGAAGCUACUGGUGACCAUGAUGAUGUGACAACUACUAGCGUCAACAAUAACAUUGAUGCGUCCGGAAUUGGACCAACGGAGCGUGUGGGAAUCGUCAAGAGCCUGCAAUACGAGGACCAGACGGUUUGUGUAUCAUGGUUCAAGACGUCAGGGCACCCAGAUGAGGCUAGGGAGGUCGACUGCGACCAAACUGUCAGUGCUUACGACCUAAAAUUGGACUCUAACCACUCUGCUUACUAUGGUGACAUUGUCAUUCGUGUCCUACCAUCGGGAUCAACAGAUGACGGUGAAAGUGCACCCUUGAUAUUGGGAAACAAGAAGAAAAAUGUCGUUCCCGCCGAUCUUUCAUGGGUGGGGCGGGUAGUUGAACUUCCUAGUGGGCACAUCCAAGUCAAGUGGGGUGAUGGUAGCACGUCAACGGUAUCGCCCGAUGAGAUCGUUGUCGUCAAGGACGAGCACUACAUGGACCUAUUGCUUGAAAUGGGCGACUGGGUAGAGGACGAUGGCAUCGAUGACGCACCCGAAGAACCGGUUGCUGCCAAUACGGACAUUGAUCUUCAGAAUCUAGAUAAUGAUGUCGAAAGCGUCAGCCCGGCAAUGUCAAGGACAAGCCUUUUAGGUUUUCCAUUCCGGUCUUUGCUCCAAUUGACCAGUGACGUGGUAGCUCGAGGUAAAGGAUACCUGAUGAACUGGCGGCCCUCGUCGUUGUCACCAAGCUCAGAGUUACCCGCGCCCGCAAACGAUGAUAGUAUCGGUGGUGCUGCUGCAAUGGGGACCAACGAUGCUGCUGUAGAUUUGACUUGUCACGGUUUUGCCGGGGGGAUGAAGGCUGCGGAUGCUACCUGUUGCUUUCCACGUUUCGAUGUACUGCAGAUGAGCCCUCUGGAUCACCACUACCUUGAGAUUACGGACCAGGAAAUGCAGGGCGCUAGUCGUGGGAAGAGUUGGGCCAAAACAGUGCAAAAGGAAUGGAAAAUUCUGGAGAACGACUUACCAGAAACCAUCUACGUGCGAGCAUUCGAGGACCGCAUGGAUCUGCUUCGGGUGGUGAUGGUGGGUGUGAGCGGGACACCAUACCAUCAUGGCCUUUUCUUCUUCGAUCUGCAGCUACCUCCGUCAUACCCGUCUGCCCCACCGCAAGUGUACUACCACUCCUUCGGCUUACGGCUCAAUCCCAACCUCUAUGAGUCUGGUACGGUGUGCCUCAGCUUGCUAAACACAUUCGGUGGCGAGGGCACCGAGGUCUGGUCCUCGACGACAUCAAACCUCCUCCAAGUCGUUGUCUCCAUCCAGGGCCUUGUCCUCAAUGACCAACCAUACUACAACGAGGCCGGGUAUGGAACAUUGGUCAACAAACCAGAGGGUCGCCGCAAUGCGCUGCCCUACAAUGAGAAUGCUUACCUGCUUACCCUUCGGACAAUGCAACAUCUUUUACGUCGACCACCUCAGGGAUAUGAGGAAUUCGUUAAGGAACACUUCUGCCUUCGGGGAAGGUUUGUGCUCAGGACAUGCAAUGCGUGGUUGCAGGGAAAUAGUGUCGACAAUGCUCAUGACACUGAAGCAAGUAGGAAGCGGUCGUGCUCGGCUGGGUUAAGGCUUGCACUCACCAACGUGGUGCCAAGCCUCAUGACAGCCUUCACAGAGAUCGGAGCCGAGGGAUGCGAAGAGUACCAGUAG